ACGUCGCGCCAGUCACAGUUACAACGUCACCAUGGAAAGCAGUCGAGGUACCGACGAGCUCCCCAGUCGGCUGACCAAACAGGAAGCCUCCAGCAAGUCACACCGCUCGAGCAAAGUAGCAGACAGUUCUUUAGUGCAAGAGCAGCCUCGAUCCGUGUCGUUCCUAGAGCUGUUUAGGUUUGCAUCUUGCUUUGAUAUCGUUCUAAUUAUUCUCGGAAGUCUCUUCUCUAUUCUUCACGGUCUCGCGUGGCCCUUAGUGUGUCUCAACCUCGGAGAACUUAUUGACACAUUUAUCAGUCAUUUUCAGGGGAGAAACAACACGUCGAUAACAUCAGCAUCAUUCAAUUACUUCCUGUUUGAUGUUUCAUCUACGACUAAUGACUCGGUGCCGUUCUGUGAUCAGAUUGCCAAUGCAAGUGGCUUGUGUAUUGAUUUUGAAGGAGAGUUGGCUAAGAGAGCUGCCACAUUUGCCAUAAUUGGAGGUGGUACAUUUGUGUGUGCGUUUUUUCAGGUUGUUUUCUGGCUUGUGGCUGGCCAGAAGCAAAUCACACGUCUACGUCAAGCUUGUUUCAAAGCAAUGCUUUUCCAAGACAUUAGCUGGUUUGACACUCACAACCAUGCAGAGAUAACAACCAGACUCACAUCUGAUAUUGAGAAGGUGCAUGAAGGUAUUGGUGACAAGGUGGGCGUUGUCGUUCAAGGUCUUUCAUCGUUUAUUGCUGGUCUUGCCAUUGCUUUCUGGAAGAGCUGGGAGAUGACAAUUGUUGUGUUGUCACUUGUACCAUUGCUCAUUGUUAGUCUUGGCUUUGUUUCUAAAGUGGUUGCACGUUACUCUACACAAGAGCAGACUGCGUAUGCUAGAGCUGGAGCUGUUGCUAGUGAGGUGUUGUCGUCUAUUCGGACAGUGGUAGCAUUCGGCGGUCAAGAACAAGAAACACAACGAUAUGAAGCUAAGUUAGACGAGGCACGGGAAUUUGGAAAACGGAAAGGCAUUUCUUCGGGUGUUGCAAUAGGCUGUGUGUACUUCAUAGUCUUUGCAAUGUUUGCAAUUGCUUUUUGGUAUGGAUCGAAACUAAUAGAAGAAGAUGGCAUGAGUCCUGGGACUGUCAUAACGACGUUCUAUGCGCUUCUUAUUGGAACAUUCAUGCUCGGCUACGCGGCUCCUCACUUUUCAAAGUUUGCGUCAGCACGUGGAGCUGCAGCUAACCUAUUUGCACUACUAAGACAGAAUCCCAAAAUCAACCCAUUAUCUGAAACAGGAUUGAGGCUUGCCACUGUACAAGGAACCGUUGAGGUUAUCGAUGUCAAUUUCUCUUACCCAUCAAGAGACACUAUCAAUGUCCUCAAUUCGAUCUCAUUUACUGUUGGUAAGGGAGAGACGGUUGCAAUUGUUGGGUCAAGUGGUUGUGGCAAGAGUACAUUGAUUCAACUGAUUCAGAGAUUUUACGAUCCGACCGCUGGCAUGAUGAAACUGGAUGGUCACGAUCUGAAGACAUUAAACAUCGGUUGGUUACGUCACCAGAUUGGUGUGGUCAGUCAAGAGCCGGUGCUUUUUGACACGACGGUGGAGAAGAAUAUUAUGUAUGGUGGAGAGAAUGUGACAAGCGAGGAGGUGAUUGCAGCUGCAAAGCUUGCAAAUGCACACGAAUUUAUUUCAAAGCUGCCAAAGGGCUAUCAAACUGUAGUGGGCGAGAGAGGAAGGCAGCUAUCAGGCGGUCAGAAGCAACGAGUUGCUAUAGCUCGUGCCAUUGUUGGAGAUCCAACAGUGUUGCUAUUGGACGAGGCGACGUCAGCCUUAGACUCUCACAGUGAAGGUCUUGUACAAGAGGCUCUUAAUAAGGCUGGAGCUGGUCGUACAACUGUUGUUGUAGCUCACCGGCUGUCAACUGUUGAAAAAGCUGAUCUCAUUUUGGUAAUUGAACAUGGCAGAGUGGCUGAACGAGGCACUCAUUCACAGCUGAUGAAUCUUGGUGGUCUUUACCAGCAGCUAGUACAUGCACAGAACUUGUUUGGUGACAUGAAAGAUGAUGAUGUUGAUGACUCUGGCAUUGACGAUCUCAUGGCUCCUCCUCCUAAAUGGUUGGGAUCACUAAAAAAUCCUCUAAUUGCUGUAUGUCCCAAAGUCGAGGGACGAAGCUUAGGAAAGACAGUUUCUGGCUCAUUGCGAGGAAUGAGGAGGACAUCAUCACAAGUCAGUUGUUUAUCUCUACGAGGGAUGGGUUUGAGGAGGAGUCAGUCGACGAGAAGUCAUGUGAGGAAUUUGUCUCGAGUUCGAUGCCAGACGGAUACCGACAGCGCUGUUGCUGUGGAUUUGGACGAGGGUGAUGAAGAUAGCGUGUAUGAUGGUUGGACCGAUGAAGGAGAGCAGGUAACUGAUGAAACCAAUGAAGUUGGCUUCAAACGUAUUCUCUCAAUGAAUAGUCAGGAGUGGAAGGAAAUCAUAGCAGGUGUUGUGAUGGCAUUGAUUAGUGGUGGUACGUGGCCGACAUUUGCCAUACUUCUUGGAGAAGUUCUGAAGGCAUAUGGAUUCAUGGGAGAGACACUCCUUAACGACUCUCUUACUCUAGCAAUGGCUUUUCUUGCAGUUGGGCUUAUCUCUGGCAUUUCCCAUUUUCUACAAACUUCAUUCUUCUCUGCAUCCGGUGAGAAGUUGACGAUGCGUCUGAGAGCUUUGUCUUUUCGUUCGAUGUUGAGACAGGAGAUGGGCUGGUUUGAUGAUCCAAGACAUUCGACUGGUGCUCUGACGUCAAACUUAGCAGCAGAUGCUUCACUUGUGCAAGGGGCUGCAGGAAUUCAAAUUGGAAUGAAUGUUGAUAUGAGUACCAACCUGACGGCUGGACUUAUUGUCGCUUUUGUGUUUGGAUGGAAACUGGCAUUCGUCAUUUUGGGCUGCAUGCCAGUUAUUACUGUGGCUGGGAUGGUCAUGUUGAAGGUAUUUACUGGAUCAGAAAAACGAGGAAGAGAACAUUCUGAAGAAUUAGGAAAAAUUGCAACAGAAGCUACUGACAACAUUCGGACGGUUGCUUCUCUCACACGAGAAAUGACAUUCUAUGAAUCGUAUUGCCAAUAUCUUAUUGUGCCUCACAAUACAGCAAUACGUAGUAGUUUCAUCCACGGACUGACGUUUGCUCUAACUCAAGCUACUCUCUUCUGGACAUACGCUGUUGCAUUUCGAUUUGGUGGUUAUCUCGUAGCAGAAGGAGAAAUUGAAUACUUCAACGUGUUCAAAGUCUUCAAUGCCAUUGUGUUCUGUGCACUCACUGCUGGUCAAGCAAACACGUUUGCUCCCAAUGCAGCAAAAGCAAAAGCUGCAGCAGUGUCUAUAUUUUCACUCUUGGAUAGGAAGCCGUUGAUUGAUGCAAGGGAAGGUGGAUUGAAACCGCCCCUGAUGGAAGGUCGGGUUGAGUUUUGCGAUGUUCAGUUUUCGUAUCCAAUGAGACCCCACUACCGCGUUCUGCGAGGAAUGAAUGUUGCUGUCAAUUCCGGACAGACUCUUGCCAUUGUCGGAACGAGUGGAUGCGGGAAAAGCACGUUAGUCUCACUCAUAGAAAGAUUCUAUGAUAUCAACGGCGGCCAGUUGUUAAUUGACAGACGCCAUAUCCAUGACUACGACCUCAACUGGCUGCGAGCUAACAUAGGGAUUGUAACACAAGAACCGGUGCUAUUUAACUGCAGCAUCAAAGAAAACAUUUUGUAUGGUUUGAAUGAAGACGACUACACAGUCGAGGACCUGGACGACGCUGCCAUCCAAGCAAACAUCCGAGACUUUAUUGUGUCAUUGCCUCAAGGGUAUGACACAGUCAUUGGAGAGCGAGGAGUUCAGUUAUCUGGUGGGCAGCGCCAGCGAAUUGCAAUAGCAAGAGCCCUCAUGAGGGACCCACAGAUGUUGCUCUUGGAUGAGGCAACGUCCGCUCUUGACAGUGAAAGUGAAAAAGUCGUUCAAGAUGCACUGGAGCUUGCACGGGAGGGCCGCACUUGCAUCAUCAUUGCUCAUCGUUUAUCAACAAUCCAGAAUGCUGACAACAUUGCUGUCAUUCGUAAAGGUCAACUCGUUGAGCAAGGAAAGCAUGAUGAGCUGCUUGCUCGCCAGGGAGCAUACUACAUGUUGACUGGAGCGAAUCGACACGAACGAUCACAACGAUUUGUUGAUGAGAUAAGAGUGCAGCAACAAAUUUGGGAGAACAUUCGAUGGACAUCAAGGGGCGAGCCCAUAUCAGAUAUAUGAUGCAGAGUAUUUGUUUAGCACGAUUGGACAAUGAAUUGUUGCUUUUAAUAUGAUAAGAUUGUUACAUGUUGAUGUAGGUACAGUACAUGUAUGAUGGAUAUGACUGAUAACAGUCUGAAAUUAGGACUCUUGUAGAGACUUGUUGAAAAAUGUAACUAUUGGUGAAAGUCA